GACAUGGAACAGCAGAUAAAGGAGUUGGAGGAACGUGUCGCUGACGAGGAAGUGUCUGCUGGACAGUCGGAAGAGUUGAAGAAGAAGAUGACGGGAGAAAUUGAAGAGUUGAAAAAGGACGUUGAGGAUCUCGAGUCUUCCCUGCAAAAGGCUGAACAAGAGAAACAGACCAAAGACAACCAGAUUAAGACGCUUCAGGGUGAAAUGGCCCAACAGGACGAGGUAAUCGCCAAGUUGAAUAAGGACAAAAAGGCCAUGGAGGAGCAGAACAAACGAACGCAAGAAGCUCUUCAGGCGGAAGAAGAUAAAGUCAACCACCUUAACAAACUGAAGCAGAAGCUGGAGUCCACUCUCGAUGAGGUGAGCCUUAUCUAUUUUUUAUCUUCACUUCCUAUUCACAAACAUUUCCAUGCAAAUCCGGUUCUCUCAACUCACCGACAUGUAACACUCUUCCUCUUCAACCUUCAGAUGGAGGAGAACCUUUCGCGAGAGCAGAAGAUCCGCGGCGACGUGGAGAAGACGAAGCGGAAGCUGGAGGGUGACCUCAAGGCGACCCAAGAGACGGUGGACGACCUGGAGCGUGUGAAGCGUGACCUCGAGGAGCAACUGAAGCGCAAAGAGGCCGAAAUCAACGGGUUGAGUGGCAAGUUUGAGGAUGAACAGAGCAUUGUGGCCCAGCUGCAGCGCAAGAUAAAGGAGCUGCAGACCAGGAUUCAAGAGCUUGAAGAGGACCUCGAAGCCGAACGUGCCGCGCGCUCCAAAUCGGAGAAGGCUCGUCAGCAGGUCGAGUCUGAACUGGAGGAGAUGGCAGAUCGCUUGGAGGAGCAGGGCGGUGCUACAGCCCAACAGGUUGACCUGAACAAGAAACGUGAGGCAGAAUUGAUGAAGCUGAAACGCGAUCUCGAGGAUGCUCGCCUCCAAAAUGAACAACAGAUUGCGGCCAUGCGCAAAAAGCAGAGCGACUCAGUGAAUGAGCUCUCUGACCAACUGGACCAGUCGAACAAGGCAAGAGGCAGAGCCGAAAAGGAGCGAAACGAUCUCAAAGGGGAGCUGGAUGAUCUGCAUGGACAAAUUGACCAACUCACCAAGAUCAAGAUGAACGCUGAAAAGACCAUCAAGGCUCUGGAGGCUCAGCUGUCAGAGAUGUCGGCCAAACUGGACGACAGCAAUCGUCACAUCGCCGAUCUCAGCUCGGGCAAAUCUCGCUCCACUCAAGAGGUGUCCGACAUGAUGCGCCAACUGGAGGAGGCCGAGUCUCAGGUCAGCCAGUUGGGCAAACUGAAGCAGCAGUUCACCACACAACUGGAGGAGGCCCGAAGAAACCUGGAGGAUGAGAGCCGUGUAAGUUGCAAGUAA